CCACUCAUGGUAUAAAAACAGCUCUUGCUUCUUCCACUUAUUAGCUCGCCGGCCGUGGUCAAGACUUGCGACAUCGCCUAGCUAGCUAGCUAGAAGCUGCUUGUCCGGUGGGUUUCGCCGACGGACGGACAGGCCGGGCGGCCGGGAGGGACGAUGGGGCUGAGGGAGAUAGAGUCGACAUUGCCGCCGGGGUUCAGGUUCUACCCCAGCGACCAGGAGCUGGUCUGCCACUACCUCUACAAGAAGGUGACCAACGAGCGCGCCUCCCAGGGCACGCUCGUCGAGGUCGACCUCCACGCUCGCGAGCCAUGGGAGCUUCCUGACGUGGCGAAGCUGACGGCCAGCGAGUGGUACUUCUUCAGCUUCAGGGACCGCAAGUACGCGACGGGGUCGCGCACCAACCGCGCCACCAAGACCGGCUACUGGAAGGCCACCGGCAAGGACCGUGAGGUGCGCAGCCCGUCCACGCGCGCCGUCGUCGGCAUGAGGAAGACGCUCGUCUUCUACCAGGGCCGCGCCCCCAACGGCACCAAGACCAGCUGGGUCAUGCACGAGUUCCGCCUCGACUCGCCGCACCUGCCACCAAGGGAGGACUGGGUGCUCUGCAGGGUGUUCCAGAAGCAGAAAGUGGACGGCGACCAAGACAACGCCCGCUCCUCCUCGCCGACCUUCGCCGGCUCGUCGCAGCCGGCGCCGGAGCUGCCCGUGAUGGACGCGGGCAACGACCACAUGACGGGCUUCGCGCCGCCACGGCAGGAAGAGAUCAUGGCCUGCGGCUCCAACCCGUUGAUGAACGCGGCGGUGUGGCAGCAGUACAACUCGCUUCUUCUCGAUCAGUACCCGCAGGAAGAGACGACGGCGGGCGGCUCGCCGGCGCUGGCCAGAGGGGUGACGGGAGACGACUGCGGGUUCUUCUUCGACUCGGGGUUCGAGGACAUGGCUGGCCUUGGGCAGCUUGGGGCCAUGCCCAUGAGGUUCCCCCAAGGCCAAGGGUGGAGCUGAUGCCGGUCGUGCGCCCGCGGUGAUCCUUGUGUACGUACGUACUACGUCCUGAAGCAAACGCUGGCGAUUGAAUUGAUUAAUUCCAUUGGUGCUGUAGGCAUAGCGUGUGAGGUCGUUUAUAUAGAUUGGUAAAAAGAUCGAGUGUGUACGUGCCGCCAUAAGAUGGUUUCGUUUCGGUCCCUUGAUUGAAUGAUGACAUGUAUUGCAAAUUUGCAAUCAGAAAACCCAUAUGUAAAUUAUUGGUAGUACAACAGAGUUCAGAUUUCACUGCACA